CGCCGCAGCCACAAAAUGGCGGCGGGUGGGAGCGGCGGGCGUGCGUCGUGCCCGCCGGGGGUCGGGGUCGGCCCGGGCACGGGGGGCAGUCCCGGGCCCAGCGCCAACGCCGCCGCCACCCCGGCCCCCGGCAACGCAGCCGCUGCCGCCGCCGCCGCCGCCGCCGCCGCCGCCGCCCCCGGGCCGACGCCGCCCGCCCCGCCGGGCCCCGGGACAGACGCGCAGGCCGCGGGCGCGGAGCGGGCGGAGGAGGCGGCGGGCCCGGGGGCGGCGGCGCUGCAGCGCGAGGCCGCGUACAACUGGCAGGCCAGCAAGCCCACCGUGCAGGAGCGCUUCGCCUUCCUCUUCAACAACGAGGUGCUGUGCGACGUGCACUUCCUGGUGGGCAAGGGGCUCAGCUCGCAGCGCAUCCCCGCGCACAGGUUCGUGCUGGCCGUGGGCAGCGCCGUCUUUGAUGCCAUGUUCAACGGGGGAAUGGCCACAACAUCCACGGAGAUUGAGCUGCCCGACGUGGAACCCGCUGCCUUCCUCGCACUGCUCAAGUUUCUCUACUCGGACGAGGUGCAGAUCGGCCCGGAGACGGUGAUGACCACGCUAUACACCGCCAAGAAGUACGCGGUGCCAGCGCUCGAGGCCCAUUGCGUGGAGUUCCUGAAGAAGAACCUGCGAGCCGACAACGCCUUCAUGCUGCUCACGCAGGCUGGAGUGCAAUGGCACGAUCUCAGCUCACUGCAACCUCCGCCUCCAGCGUUCAAGCGAUUCUCCUGCCUCAGCCUCCACAGUAGCUGGGAUUACAGGCCCCCACCACCGCGCCUGGCUAAAAAAAAAGAAAAAAAAAAACCAGAGAGAACUUUCUCUCUCUCUCUAAGGAAAUGUCAGGCGCGACUCUUCGAUGAGCCACAGCUGGCCAGCCUGUGCCUGGAGAACAUCGACAAAAACACUGCAGAUGCCAUCACCGCGGAGGGCUUCACCGACAUUGACCUGGACACGCUGGUGGCUGUCCUGGAGCGUGACACACUGGGCAUCCGUGAGGUGCGGCUGUUCAACGCCGUUGUCCGCUGGUCCGAGGCCGAGUGUCAGCGGCAGCAGCUGCAGGUGACGCCGGAGAACAGGCGGAAGGUUCUGGGCAAGGCCCUGGGCCUCAUUCGCUUCCCGCUCAUGACCAUCGAGGAGUUCGCCGCAGGCCCCGCACAGUCGGGCAUCCUGGUGGACCGCGAGGUGGUCAGCCUCUUCCUGCACUUCACCGUCAACCCCAAGCCACGAGUGGAGUUCAUUGACCGGCCCCGCUGCUGCCUGCGUGGGAAGGAGUGCAGCAUCAACCGCUUCCAGCAGGUGGAGAGUCGCUGGGGCUACAGCGGGACCAGUGACCGCAUCAGGUUCUCAGUCAACAAGCGCAUCUUCGUGGUGGGAUUUGGGCUGUAUGGAUCCAUCCACGGGCCCACCGACUACCAAGUGAACAUCCAGAUUAUUCACACCGACAGCAACACCGUCUUGGGCCAGAACGACACGGGCUUCAGCUGUGACGGCUCAGCCAGCACCUUCCGCGUCAUGUUCAAGGAGCCGGUGGAGGUGCUGCCCAACGUCAACUACACGGCCUGCGCCACGCUCAAGGGCCCAGACUCCCACUACGGCACCAAAGGCCUCCGCAAGGUGACACACGAGUCGCCCACCACGGGCGCCAAGACCUGCUUCACCUUUUGCUACGCGGCCGGGAACAACAACGGCACAUCCGUGGAGGACGGCCAGAUCCCCGAGGUCAUCUUCUACACCUAGGCUGCCCGACACCGACACCGCCCUCCCUCCGUGGGGACAGCCGCAGCCCCAGGCCAUCAUCCGCUGCUGGGGCCCCCCCACCACGCGGUGCCAGGCCCAGUGUCCCCCGGGCCACCUGUCCACUCCACGCCAUCUUUCUCAGCAUCAGGAAGGGGUUGCCCUGUGUUCACCACGAGUGCGGCUGCUGGAUCAGGGCAGCCGGGGAGGUGGCCGGGCCAGUGGCCAGGCCCUGUGGAGACGAUCCCUCAGGACUAGGGACAGGGCUGUGCCGGCCUGGGCCAGGGCCCACGGACCCGCAGCUCAGGGCGCCUGCCCACGUCGUCUGCCGGCGGUGCGUGGCGGGCGUCCCUCGCGUCUCUUCACUGCACAUUGCAAUGCAUUUGCGAUUCCCAUUUCUCUGCUAGGAGCCAGCCUGGGUGGCGCCGCUCCCAGAGCCGUGGGUCCCAGACCUUGCGUUCCUUUCGUUCCUGUCCGUUUAUCAGGACACGGGCCCCACCUGUCACGUGCCCGAGGCCACCCAAGCCCAGCUGCCUGGAUGCCAGCUUGAGUUCUGCGCACGUCGGAUUCAGUGUGGGGACGGCCCCUGCCGGAUAGGCCUAGCCCUGGCCCAGGUGGUGAGCGGUUUGCAGUGUCCGUUCUCAUCCACCUGAUGGGCCCAGAUAAAGGCCCCCGCUGUCCAGCCUCCCUGGACGGCCCUCGCGGUCCCUGCAGCCCAAGAUGGGACUCAGACCCUGUGCCCCAGAGCUCCCCUGCCGCAGAAUGGGGCCCCAGCCGGCCCCGACCGGGUCCAGGAGCACUGCUCGCCUGUACAUACUGUUGCCCUAGCCCACCUGGUGCCGCGCGAGCCACCCCCAGGUGCUGGGGGCACAGCCCCUCCCCACCCCGGCCACGCCCCCACCCACCCCGUGUGUUUCUGCCCUGUGACUCCUGGAACCUGCGUCCUCCCCAAAGCCAUGGGAGGGGUGUCCUCCUCAGACCAUGCCCCCAGAUAAUUUUUUUAAAUAAAGAAACAAAGGCACCUGC